GGGUUUUCCUCAGUUGAGCCACAUUCAAUGCCACGCGGUUUUGCGAGGCAGAGAGAGAGAGAGAGAGAGAGAGAGAGAGUAUUGGCACUACAGCUGACUUUGGCAUGCCUUGCCAGCCCUUGGAGGAGGGGAGUAAAUGCUCUUGCUGUCACCUUUUGACUCUUUGGCUACCCUUCUGUUGAUCUUUUAGGUCAGCGUCCUCUCCCCCCUGCCUAUGCUUGCUUGCUAGCCCUCUCUCUUUAUCUUUUUGUCUAUUUAUGCAGACCAAAGGUUAGCAUUUUUCCAACUUCCUUGAAAGAAAGAAAGAAAAACAUAGUUCAAGAAUUCUAGCUAGGAAGACCUCUUUGUUUUGUUUGGUUUUGUUUGUUUGUUUGUUUGUUUGUUGAGCACAACAAGAUACUUGGGAGACUUGUGGUGGUGAGUGAGUGUUGUUAGAGAAAUAAAGAAAGAAAAACACGGUGAAAUGGGCAGGCCUCCUUGCUGUGAUAAAGAAGGGGUCAAGAAAGGACCUUGGACUCCUGAAGAAGAUAUCAUUUUGGUCUCUUACAUUCAAGAACAUGGUCCUGGAAAUUGGAGGGCUGUUCCUACCAAUACAGGGCUGCAUAGAUGCAGUAAAAGUUGCAGGCUGAGAUGGACUAAUUACCUUAGGCCUGGGAUCAAACGUGGUAACUUUACUGACCAUGAAGAGAAGAUGAUCAUCCACCUUCAAGCUCUUUUGGGCAAUAGAUGGGCUGCAAUAGCUUCAUACCUCCCACAGAGAACUGACAAUGACAUUAAAAACUACUGGAACACCCACUUGAAGAAGAAGCUAAACAAGCUUCAAGCAGGCACUGAAGGCCACUCUAAAGAUCAAGGAUCAAGCACCAGCUCACAGGCAAUAUCCAGAGGUCAAUGGGAGAGAAGGCUUCAAACUGACAUUCACAUGGCCAGACAAGCUCUUCGUGAUGCCCUGUCCCCUGAAAAGCCAAGCACUUUGAGCUCUGACUUGAAACCAGCUGAUGGGUUCCUUAUCUCCACCACAAAACCAGCCGAAGAUCAAUCAACAACCACUUAUGCUUCAAGCACCGAGAACAUUUCAAGAUUGCUCAAAGGUUGGAUGAAAAACCCACCAAAAUCACCAUCAGCCAGAACCAACUUGGCUAAGACUCAGCAUUCAUUUACCAACAUGGUUUCAGGGUUUGACUGUACAUCCAGUGAGGGGGCCACAUCUGCAGCAAACACAACCAGUGGGGUUGAAUUAUCUGAUGCAUUUGAAUCUCUGUUUGGUUUUGAGUCUCUUGACUCUUCAAAUUCAGAUUUAUCUCCAUCUAUGUCACCAGAGGCUAGCCUGUUCCAAGAUGAAAGCAAGCCGAACCUUAUUAGUGACCAGUUUCUGUCAUUGAUUGAUAAGUGGAUAUUUGAUGAAGAUGCUGCUGCUAUUCAAGGGAAAGAUAUGAUGACACUAGACCAUGAAAAUGCUAACUUUUUCUGAGGACUUGCUUGUUUUUGGUCAUAUUGUCUUAUCUACUAUUAAUCUUUUGCUUACUUUAAUUUGGUUUUAGGGUAUUGGACUGAUUAAUUCCACGGUGCCUUAACUAGCAGAGGGUUACAUUGUUACAACCCCUCAAUGCUAGAACAGGAAAUGUAAAAAUUUUACCUUACUAUCUCAAAUGUCUUUGCGGGGCAAUGAUUAAAUUUCUCAUUUGCAUAA